GCAAUUAACAACACUAACGACAAGUGUGACAGAGAUUUGAUUCGGUAUAUGUAGGUGGUUGGGCGGGCCUCGUUCGUUCGUUUUCUUUUCUUUGUAGUCUGAGCGGCGAUGGGCGCCUCCGAAUCCCUUCUCUCAAAGCAACAGCAACAACAGCAGCAGCCGAUCGAUGAGAUCACCACGGUUUCCGAGAGGAUCGAGGGCGUCGAUCCCCUCCUCGAACGCAUCCGGGCCCUCAAGAUCACCUCGCCGUUGCUGAAAUCCGUGCCUUCGUCCGAGAGCUCCUUGACGGAUAUUCUUGUGAGGAAACCCUCCUCCUCCACGUCUUCCGUAUCAGGUACUUUGAAUCCCAAGGUUCUACUAGAGCUGUUUUCUAUGUAUCGUGAAUGGCAGGAGGAGAAGGCCAAGAAAAUUAGUCAGAAACAGGAGGAGAUAGAAAACAAGAUUGAAACUGCAGAUGCUUUGGCUGUUAAGCUUCUUCAGCGGUUCAACUAUUCAGUAUCAGCUAUGAGAUCUACCGCACGCGGUCUUGCUGAAGUACAUCCAUUGCAAGUUGAAGUGGGUGAAUUCAAGGGCAGGCUUACAGAGGUAAUAAGCAAUUGUGAUGCAUUAUGCAAGAGAAUUGCUGCAGAAGGUCCAGAGGCACUUCGGUCAUCAGUGGAGCCAUUUUCAACAAGCGGCAUGGAACUCCUGGACCGUGCGGCAUUGCAUAAACAACAAAACCACUGAAUGUAUAGCCGAAGAUAGCCAUGCCAUGUCCAAAGAGAGAACUGAUAAAUCUGUAACUCAAGGGCAUCUGUAUCCACUGCGUGCAUAAUCAAAAAUCAACAGGCACAACUUUGAUUGGACGGUAAUUAGUCAAUGAGUUUCGAAGUUCUUCUGAACAGCCCAUCAGUAUGCCCAUUGACCAGAUGAAGAUGAUCUUCCCAG